UAUCUAGGCCCCCAAGACACGUCUUUGUAUAUAUAGGCUUCCGAUUAGUAUUUGAUAAGCAAAUGUUACAAGGAUUCUCAUCAGCCUAAGGAGGUAGCCGGACUGCCAGAAUUCAAGGCUCAAGAUCAAACAGAUCCGCUUGCAGCGAUGAAUACAAAUUCGCGUAAAAUGAGUAAGGCAAGCAUAACAGCCAUGGAUAAGGAAAAUGAGCUGGUUAGAGAUACGGUGACUCUGCGAGAUGAAGAAAUUAAGCUGCAAAACGAAGAAAUUAAGCUGCUGAAGGAGAGGGUGGCUCUGCGAGACAGUGAAAUUAAGCAGCUCAAUCAGAGGGUGGCUGGACAAGAUGGUGAAAAUAAGCAGCUCAAUCAGAGGGUGGCUCGACAAGAUGGUGAAAUUAAGCAGCUCAAAGAGAGGGCGACUCGGUGCGGUUUGUUCUGCUGUUGACUGCUUAUAUUAUGCUCCAGCUUGUGGCUUCUGAUACUGUAAUAUCAUUGCUUUUUUUAAAUCGAAACUGGAGGGUUCGCAUUUGUUAGUAUUUAAGGUUGUAUUUUGAAGCUUCAUUUCGGUUUCUUAGAUUGCCAAAUCAGUCUAGUGGUGGAGAAUCUGUGUCUUCUAAGACUGAAGAUCUUAAAGAUACAAAUUUUAGGAUGAAUUAUGAAUGUUCUGUCAAAAUCUGUUCUAUAAUUGAAGGUUUUCUUUUUGUUUA